GAGGUCCUGAAGCCGGUCCCACGGCGGACGAGGCAGAGCAUCGCAGAGCUGACCAGGAAGACCCUCGCGGCCGAGCUGCAGGAGGACCAGGCCCGACAAUUGCAGAUGUUGCAGAGCGACCUCGAGAGCGAUGAGGUCUCGAAGCCGGUCCCACGGCGGACGAAGCAGAGCAUUUUUGAGUUGACCAGGAAGACCGUCGCAGCCGAGUUACAGGAGGACCAGGCCCGACAAUUGCAGAUGCUGCAGGGGGAUCUGAAGAGCGAAGAAUUCGAGGCAGCCUCCGCGUCCUUGGCGCCUCAGCUGCAGGCCCUCCAGGAGGACAUCGCGAACCUCAAAGAGGUGCAGCGGCAGAACGCCGAGAUGAUGGACUUCCUCGCCAAGCACGAGGCCCGACUCGCCGAGAAGCUGAGGGCCCGCGCGCACCGUCCAUCGCCGACCCUAUGCUGAGACCCCCUUUGCGGGCCGCGGCUGCGGGAAAGCGG